UAUGCACACAUCAAACCACAACCACACGGCCCUCAUGCCCAUUUUCCUUCAGAGCAACAAAAUGAUCUCACAUUUCCGCCCAGCAGGCCCACGCUAUAUUGCAAAGGGGAUUGGGCAAAAAGUGUAAAAUUAUGCAAGGUAUUUGUUUGUAAAAACUGUUGACAGUGAGAGAGUGUUGAACUACGGGUAAGAAAAGUAGGGGAUGACCGGUUUAUUUUUAUUUUCAAUGGUUCACUUUCUUCGGUGUUGUCGCAAAUGAUGUGUGAUUCACUAGUAAAAUAUCUCGGUGAAAUGCUGCAUUUGGGCCCAAAAAGGAUAUCCUGACAUUCCAAUCAAUACAGUGGCACAUAAUAAGAGCUUUACAUAUUUAGUAUUGAGUUCAGUUUGUUGUCUAACACAUAGCUAUGAUAAUAUGGGACAUUUUGAUAUUUGUAGCAUACUAAGUUCAUUUUCUCAGUAAUAAGUAGGACGCCCACACCAGAUGUUAUUUAUAUAGCACUACUACUGCACAAAUGCAGAAAGUAUGUCAUCUGAAAAAGCUGGUGUGUGCCCUUUUAGGAGGCAGACAUCAAAAUGGAGAAAACCACCAAUAUACAGUGGAUAAGGCUAUUGAUGUCUCUUUUCUGUUGUCUUCAUUUGCACUUUUGGCAUUGAGGAAAUCCAAAAGUAACGGGAAGUAAAAAAGUUACAUUACUUAAUAUUGUGAUACUUGGAUUAGGUUACUGAAUACAAUUUUUAACAGGUAAUUAGUAAUUGUUUUGGAACACAUUUUUAAAGGAAUCCUCCCAACCCUGAUGCUGACUGUGGAUGUCUGAGAAGUCUGUCUUUCUUCCAUCAGAUAUCAAAAUAUUUGAGAAUUCUUUGGGUAAUUGGUUAUUAAAAAAUGAUAUUAAUGAAAAUGAUGACAUCUGUAUAUCACAACAAUAACUUACACUUUAGAUGUGUCACAUCAGAAGGGAACUGUCUCCAACUUCAAAUUAAAUUGCUCUACAGCGACCCCCACAGGAAUUCAGCUCUGUUUCACAGAUUGGUACAUUGAUGCAAAAUGGACCAUUAUGAGUCCACUGAAGUCCACCGCACGCAGACCUCGAACUGCCUCCCUCCUCUGAGAACACGUUGAUAUUGGGGCUGCAUGAAAGAAGUUAAAAGUAGCCUAACAAGUCAAAAUCUACCAGCACUUAACCAUCAAAAAUGCUGAAGUGAAACACAUUGAGAGUGAUAUUUAGAAAACUGAAGUUGUUUUCACAGAUGCAAGUCAACGAAAGGAGGAGUCUCAUGUGCUGAUCUUCAGAGUCUAGCCUCCACCAUCCCUCCAUACCUACAUCAGAGCGACUUUCAUGGUGGUGUCAAUCAGCUGAGGGUCCAAUGGGAGCUGUGAGAAUCAACAGAUACAGCAUUGUCGCGUCAGAUGAUGACGUCGUCAGGAUGUCCAGGCUCCAUAACGGGGCGGUGACCAGCAAACGAGGUGAAAGUGACCCUGGCGGCCCGGCGUCCCCUCACCACAGACCUAAACCCAGCAACGGCCUGACCACCUCUGGCGUGGGCCGCUUUGGCCCGAGGAACCGCUUCGUGAAUAAAAAUGGCCAGUGCAACGUGGUCUUCACCAACAUGGAGGACAAGCCCCAACGCUACCUGGCCGACAUCUUCACCACUUGCGUGGACAUCCGCUGGCGGUGGCUGCUCUUCGUCUUCACGGCCCUGUCGCUGCUCUCCUGGCUGCUCUUCGGCCUGGUCUUCUGGUGCGUGGCGCUCGCCCACGGCGACACCGACCCCCCGCGGGAGCUCCUGCGGCUGAAGCGCUGGCAGCCGUGCAUCCUGCACGUGCACAGCUUCGUCGGCGCCUUCCUCUUCUCCGUGGAGACGCAGACCACCAUCGGCUACGGCUACCGCUGCGUGACGGAGGAGUGCCCGGUCGCCGUGGCGGCGGUGGUGGCGCAGUGCAUCUUCGGCUGCGUGGUGGACACGGUCAUGGUGGGCACCAUCAUGGUCAAGAUGGUGCGGCCCAAGAAGCGGGCGCAGACGCUGCUCUUCUCGCACCACGCCGUGGUGGCGCUGCGCGACGGCAAGCUCUGCCUCAUGUGGCGCCUGGGCAACAUGCGCAAGAGCCACAUCGUGGAGGCGCACGUGCGCGCCCAGCUCAUCCGACCCUUCGUCACCGCCGAGGGCGAGUACCUGCCCCUGGAGCAGGUGGACCUGGACGUGGGCUACGACGAGGGCCUGGACCGCCUCUUCCUGGUGGCGCCUCAGGUGGUGGUGCACGAGAUCACCGAGGGGAGUCCGCUGUACGACAUGACCGAGGACGACGUGGCGCAGGGCGACUUUGAGAUCGUGGUCAUCCUGGAGGGCAUGGUGGAGGCCACCGCCAUGACCGCCCAGGCGCGCAGCUCCUAUCUGCCGCACGAGAUCCUGUGGGGCCACCGCUUCGCCCCUAUGCUCUACGAGCGCAACGGCCGCUACCUGGUCGACUACGCCCGCUUCAACGAGACGUACGACGUGCCCGACAUGUCAGGCUGCAGUGCGAAGGAGCGGGGUUUGUCGGCCGCCGGCCGGGAAAAGUCGUGCCGCCGGUGCUCCGUGCAUCACGGCAGGAGUUCACCCGCUCACUCCACUCUGGGGCUACUGCCCAGCGCUUUCUGCUACGACAACGAAGUGGCUCUGCACAUACAGGAGGACGAACGAGAGACGCUGGACGAUAUCAAGGAGGAGACGCAAAGCUUACUGGGAAAUUCUGGGAAGCAAAAUGGAAGGCUGUUGUGUGUGCUAGACAUGGAUAACCAAGAAGAGGUCAGCAGGUUGCAGAAAGCUAUUCCGCCAGUUCCGGUCAUCCAGAGAAGAAAUUCUGCAUUGUAAUGUUGCUUACACCGUUUCGCUUCAUGAAAACAGAGAAUGCUUUUCCUUUGAAAUUCAUAUUGUCUGUGACUCAUCCAGGCUGGUGGGAACAAUGACCAACAAUCAAAUCCAUUUGGUAUGAAGAAGCAGUAAAAGAAUGAAAUCACAACCACAAAUGUAUGGAAAUGCGAGUUGUUGCACCACAAAGGGUCCGACUCCCUUAUGCACAGGACUUCUGACUGAUUUCAUGUCUAUUCUAAACAUCCGAUGGUGUCCACUUUGCGUGGUUUAGUAUUUGAAGGUGUUUUUGUGAACUUGCAGUUUGUGCAUCCACUGCAGAGACAUAAACUGUGUACCUUGGCAUUUGCAUCUAAACGUUAAUCCUUUCAAAUCAGUUAUUCUACAUGUCAAUCAUACAUGUUUUGUGUAAUUUUACAGAUGUAGCAAUGCGGUUUAUGGAGUGAUGAGGCUAUACAGUACAUAUAGGGUAUUUAUAAAGGUGUGCUAUAUUUGACAAGUAAGAUGGAUUAACCUCUCUUCCUUAAAAAUAGUCAACCUGAGAUCUCGAAAAGCAUCUCUUAACUAUGCACCUUUCAUCAUCAAGUGUUUUAAAACAUAUUUACCUUACAUUUAUUGUAUAAUUUCCUAUUUCUAUUUUCCACUUGUUACAUGACUUUGUAGUGCUAAUAACGACAAUUAAUGAUAGUUAAUUAUUAAUGUUUGCUAAUGACUAUGACAUUUGCUAUCAGGAUCUGGCAUUUGAUGACACAACAGGAAUGUAAUGAUAGUGUGUUUUACAUAUCACAGCUCUGCUUCAUGUUCAAACCUGAUUAACCAUUAAAAGACUUGCAACAAAAUAAUCCACACAAAAGUGAAAAG